GAAGUAUUUGCUCAGAUGCUGCUAGGACAGACAAACUGUGAAGAAGGAAGGGCACUUUCUGAGCAGGAGUGUAUUCUCAAGAGACAGGGCCCGUGUCCACUGUACCAAGCCUUAAAGCCCCAUCUGCAAGACAUUCCAGUCUUCUAGGAAAAGAGCCUCCAAAUUCCCUUCAUAAUGAACUGGCACAUGAUAAUCUCUGUACUUAUCAUAGUAGUGCUUAAAGCUGUUGGAGUGACUUUAUUUCUGCUGUACUUCCCACAGACUUUUUGGAAAAGUAAUGAUGGCGUCAUUCCCACUGGGAGCUACGGAACAGAUAAUGUGCAGAAUGUCUCACAGAUUUUUGGGAACAGUACUGACAGCAUCAUCCCCACAAGGAGCUAUGGAACAGUCUGCCCUCCACACUGGCAGAACUUCCACCAAAUAAGAUGUUUCUUCUUAUCCACCUCCGAAUCAACGUUGGACAAGAGCAGGGAUGACUGUGCAAGAAGAGGAUCCACUUUGGCAAUUGUCGACACGCCAGAGAAGCUGGUGAGAGCAUCAGGAAUGAGGUAUCUCCAAGACAAAGCUAAUGCUGAGAAGUAUUUUAUUGGCUUAAUGUAUAAGCCUGCAGAGAAAAAGUGGCACUGGAUCAACAACUCUGCAUUCAAUGGCAAUGUUACCAACGAGAAUCAGAACUUCAAUUGUGUCACCAUAGGCCUGUCAACAACAUUUGAUGCUGCGUCAUGUGACGUCCCCUACCGCUGGAUCUGUGAGCUGAUUCUCAAAUGAUCACAGUCUGCUUUGACAAGAACGAAUAUACUUACAGAGAUAGCAACAGAGAAUAGUUAUAAUUGAGACUGGUCUGGGAAAUACAGAACAUCAAAUUACGGUGUCAGCCUUCCACAGCUUGCUGGCAGAGCUCCCUAAUGAAUCCACAGGGCUAAUGCAUCAUUCAUUUUCACACAUAGACUUAUACACACACCACCAAGAAAACCUCCCAGUUCUGAGCCAGCCAUUACCCUAGACUGCAUUUCCUGUGAGAGUUGAAAUUGACUCUUUGGAACCUCACGGUUCAUCUAUUCUGUGAUUUUGUUUAUGUAUCUGUCCACCAAUAGAGGUUCUUACCUGUUUAGGAAAAUGAGCUUCUGUACUCUGUUUUGGGGGACUGGAUGCUAAUCAUCUCCAGGAGACAGGGCCAAUUUUAUGGAAACAAUACAGUUGAAAUGAGAUCUGUUUCUAUAGAACUGAGCCUUCCUGACUGAUCCACAGGGUCUAUCCUGUGGAAGUCUGUUUCAUUCACAGAGCACAUGAUCAUGUUAUCAGAGAGAAACUGCAGACUCGACAGUUGUGAGCAUUAUUUAAAGGGCAGAAUCAGUAGGAGAGGGAUAAACUCAGCCUCUGCACCCUUAUGUCUGUUCCCAAGAGACCCCUAUUCACAUGCUUCCCCCUAAAAGCUGAGAAAGCAGAUGCUCUUUGUCUACACUGGGGCCAAGACUUGAGGGCAUUUAUGGUUCCUAGAACUGAGCUUGGAAAAGAAAGUACAUUGCUGAUAGGAAUGGAGAAUGAUCCAGAUAGGACAGGAAUCUGUUCAGAGAUCCCUCUAAAGAGAACUAGACAUAAAGAGGGCUAAGCAAACCAAAUGUCUGUUCUUCAACAAAGUCCUGAUGAGACACUCAGGCUAAAAUUUUUUUUGUUGUGGUAGGAAACUCCAUGAUAGCAUACAUAACUCAUUUGUAACCAAAAUUUGGGUGGGCAGAUUCCUUUCCAUGUGCAGGUUUUGAUUACCUGACAGUACUUGUUGAGUAAUUUUAAGAAUUGAGGAUAGUCUUUUAGACCUCAAUGGUCACAGGAUAUUCUUUCAUUCUGUACUAGAAAGACCCUAACAACAGGUACUGACCCAAAGAAGCCUUGCCAUUUAGUUGGCAUCUUCCUGGUCCAGCUAACCAAGGAGGAGAAACUUUAGGUGGAGGCAAGGAAUAGGCCUGGAAAAUAAAGGAAAUACUGGGGGCAAAGGUAAAUCAUAUAAGAAUCGGAGUUCAUUUGGCCACAGUGGAAAAAACACAAGAAAGUAGCAAAAUUUUUGGGAUACCUUGGCUGUUUUCUCUAUUGACAAGAAGAUAUUAGCUACACAAACACCUCAGGAUACAAAAAAUAGAAAAAGACAUUCCUUGUAUGUCCUGAGUAAUAAGAGUUAAACCACAGGAAUGGCUAUAUAAAAUUAAUGGAAAUUAGAGUCACCUAAGUAAUCUGUUUACCAUUUCCAUCAGUAACACUGUACUAUGAUAAUGAUUACAUAUAUCAUUAGUCAAAAUAAAUUGUGGUAAAAUUUAUCUUUUAUUACAAGAUUAAACUCUC